GUUGAAAUAUAAUUGAAUUAGUCAUCUUCCAACUAUUCCUGAUUAGGAAUUAUUAUCACCAUUAUAUAAAUAAUCAGGAAAUCAUAAUUAUGAUUCUAGAUGAUAAUUGUGUGGUUCACAAUUAUCCUCUAAUCCUAUGAAGCUUAACUUUUCUCCUAUAAAUAGGAGGCUUCUCCAUUGUAAUUAAUACACUAAGAUUACACCAUUAUCACACUUCUAAUAACAUCUUUCUCACUAAGUAUUCAGACUAUACUUUCUCUCCCUGAUCUUCUGCUUACUUCCUUCCAUUUUAUAACACGUUAUCAGCACGAAUUUGCUCCAAAUCCCUGAAAUCACCAUCUUCCUAGCAGGUAUAUACUUUCUUGAAUUUAUCAAUUCAUCUGAAAAGAAAAACAGAGGUUGAGAAGUAUUACCAUGCUUAUAUAUAUUCAAAACUAUAAGAAGUAUGCUCUAUGGAUGCCCAACAAUUGGGAUCCUCCAUAUCAGAAAAUUAUAGCUAUAUAUUUUAUAAAAGAAAUAUAAGCCGAUGGAAGAAAGAGAGUUUUUCUUUUCUCUUGACAUUUUCUUCCAAAUUAUGAAAUAUUAUAUACUAAUAAUAAAUCUUACGAAACAAAAGGUAAGAUGAAAUAGAGUUGAAGUGAUUGUAAAUAUAAAUAAGUCAACCGUACCUGUGUUGAACAUACUUCUUCAUAAAACUUUCUGGAACUAGCAAAUCAGAGUGAACAUGGAUAUCACAUGUGUACAUUAUCUAUACUAGUAGUCUAGUAGAUUAAAAUAAAAGAAAGAAUACUACGUAAAUGUGCUUGGAAGCUAAGGAGUAGUAGCUUAGUAAAUUUACAUCUUAACUUCAUAUAUACUUCGUAUCAUAUAGCUUCAUAAAGUCACAGGUUUCUUUUAUUCGGCACACAACCAAACUGCCAUCUUGUUUUCUUCUUAGCAAUAUACUCACACAGCUUUAAAAAUAAAAUAAGAAAAGAAAAUGAGAAGAGAAUGAAGCCUUGAAGGUGAGGCUGUGAGAAGAUUCAUAACUCGAGAAGCAAAAGGAUGAUACAUACAAAAAUAAAUAAACAAUGAACAGAGUGAAUUAAAGGAUUACAAAUACUUGAAUAGCUGUAAUCUAAUUAAUAUAUUCAAAAGUCAAUGUAUGUGUCAUUUCCGUGGCCUGCAAAAGAAACAUAUGCAUGUGACAUUUGUCUUAUUAAAUUAAAUGAUAAACUGAUGACAUUAUACUACCGUACGUAGUAAUAUUGCGACGGAGUAGUAUAUACAUGUAGUACACUAGUACGUAUAACUACUAUUAUUCCAGUAUUUUGAUUCUCAAAUACUUGGUAAUUAAUAUUCUUCACUUUUCUUGCCGAACAAUGAAACUAUGAUGCAUAUGAACUAGAAGUUCAAUUAUAUGUACCGCUUUCUUAUAGCAUAUGAAUGAUUGAAUGUAUCAGAAAUAUUUUAAUUAAAUAUAUUAUAUACUCCGUAUAUCUCUAGUUAGAGAUAGGCAGAAAUUGAGGCUCAAUACAUUUGCCGCAAUACAAUGGACAAUUUAUAAAUAUACUGAUUUUUCAAACAAGAUUGAAGUACGAACAAUUCUGGUUUAUGAAAACCCAACCCAUAGUUCACAUGCUACCUUAAUUAAGAUUGGAUCUACGUGCUCUAAUAAGUUAUGGUGCACAAUAAAGUUGAUCCCAUGUACUACACAAUCAUUUCAUAAUAUAUGUAAUCGUAUGACUAAUGUAAUACGUAUUAUUCUAGUAUAUAUUGAGUAUUUUGAAUAAACACAUUUGUUGGAAUAAUAUUGAAACCACUUCGAUGACUUACUCAAACUUAGCCGUACUGCCGUAGUAGUAUAAUUAUGUUAUACUCAGUACUAAUUAAAUUGAGUUAUCAGUUGACAUUAUGGAUGUUUAAUUAUUAUUACUCCCUUAUUUGGCUUUCAUUCACGUAAAGUGAAUCCAAAAACAACAUGGUUAUUUCCAUCUCUUUAAAUGUCUUUAUGACUUUAUCUGUAUAAAAAACAAUCUUUCAAUUAAAAAUAACGAGCAUAAGUUUUGUACUUUAUGGACCUUUGGUUAUGAGUUGCAUAUCUCUAAUUGUUAAGAGGGCCCCUUAACAAUUGGUAUAAUAGUAACUUGAACCAAACGGUCAUUAUGUACGUUUAUGUCAAUUGCCGGAAAUAACCCCUCAUAAGUCAUAACGACACUCAUGAUUGUUUUUAAUCUCAAAUGAUGAGGUAGAAAUUAAUAAGAAGUAUAUAUGUGAGUUAAAUUACUUCUCUUAUUAAAAGUCAGAAUAGUGUACAUCACUUUAUUAUCUCCUUGUUAUGUAAUACGUACGGGAGUAUAUUUUAAAAAUAAAAAUUUGUUAUAUGUAAUUUUUAUUUAAAGUGCUUAUUUUUAACGUGAAAGUUAUGCACAAUUAAAUGUACUAUUAAGUGAAGUACAAUUUAUAUUACAAUAUUGAACUAAUACUUGUUCAUUUUUAUCUUCGCGAAGAUAUGGAGUUAACUAAAAUUUCUCCAAGUGGCUCUGAACAAUGUCUAAUAGACAGUGCCACAACGCACACCAUUUUGAGACAUAGAGAUUAUUUUUCUCAUAUGACAUUAGUUGAUGCUAAUGUCAAUACAAUCUCAGGUGUUGCUAAACUCAUUGAAGGUUCUGGAAUAGCCUGUGUGAUUCUCCCAAAAGGGACAAAAUUAAUAAUUAAAGACGCUUUAUACUCCAGUAAAUCACGGAGAAAUCUUUUGAGCUUUAAAGAUUUGCGUCUAAAUGGUUUUCAUAUUGAAACCAUGUCUGAAAAUCAGAAGGAAUAUUUAUGUCUAACGACAAAUAGAUCUGGCAAUAAAUACAUUUCUGAAAAAAUGCCAGCAUAUUCCUCGGGACUGUAUUAUACAUAUAUCAGUCCAAUUGAGAUAAAUGUGGUAUCUAAAAUUUAUGACCACAAUUCCUUUAUCUUGUGGCAUGACCGUUUAGGUCAUCCAGGCAGCACUAUGAUGCACAAAAUUAUUGAAAAUUCACGUGGACAUUCAUUAACUAAUGUCAAGAUUCCACAAUCAAGUGAUUUUCCGUGCACUGCCUGUUCUCUUGGCAAAUUAAUUAUCAGGCCAUCUUUAUACAAAAUUGGAGUUGAAUCUCCUGCAUUUUUAGAAAGAAUUCAAGGAGAUAUUUGUGGGCCAAUUACCCCUUCGUGUGGACCGUUUCGAUAUUUUAUGGUGCUCAUUGAUGCAUCAACACGUUGGUCACAUGUCAGUCUUUUAUCGACUAGAAAUUUUGCAUUUGCAAAUCUCCUUGCUCAAAUUAUUCGUUUGAGAUCACAAUUUCCGGAUUAUUCGAUAAAGAAAAUCCGACUUGAUAAUGCAGGAGAAUUUACAUCCCAAUCUUUUAAUGACUAUUGCAUGUCAAUUGGGAUUGAUGUGGAACAUCCAGUUCCACAUGUACAUACACAAAAUGGUCUUGCCGAAUCCUUAAUUAAGCGAUUACAAUUAAUUGCUAGACCAUUAUUGAUGAAAUCCAGAUUACCAUCAUCUGCAUGGGGAUAUGCUAUAAUGCAUGCUGCAAAUUUAAUUCGGCUUAGGCCAACGGCAUAUCAUAAAUUUUCCCCAUUACAAUUAAUAUCUGGUAAAGAACCAAAUAUAUCACACCUAAAAAUAUUUGGUUGUUCUGUGUAUGUACCAAUUGCUCCACCUUAUCGUACUAAAAUGGGUCCUCAAAGAAGGCUGGGAAUUUAUGUUGGUUUUAAAUCACCCUCAAUUAUUAAUUAUCUAGAACCUAUGACCGGUGACUUAUUCACCGCGCGGUUCGAUGACUGUCAUUUUGAUGAGACAGUAUUCCCAGCCUUAGGGGGAGAUAUUAAAGAAAUGGACCCACGUACGAAAGAUAUUACUUGGAAUGCAACAAAUUUAUCUUUUCUUGAUUCUCGCACAAAUGCUUGUGAACAAGAAAUUCAAAAGAUUGUUCAUUUACAAAAUGUUGCAAACCAAUUGCCUGAUGCAUUCACAGACUCAAAGAAAGUGACAAAGUCACAUGUUCCAGCUAUGAAUGCUCCUUCUCGAAUAGAAAUUCCUGCGGAGAUUAGCGAAAGAACACUUGCUAAUGAAUCUAUAUAUGGCACGUAAAAAAACGUGGUAGACCACUUGGUUCAAGAGAUUUGAAACCAAGAAAAUUUAAACAGCAAGUUGUAGUUUGUGAUGCCAAAGAAGUUCAACCUUCUCAAGAAGAAAAUGAACAUUUUGAAAAUAUCGGCCUUGAAGAUAACAUCAACAAUAAUGAUACCUCAAAAGAGGAUCCAAUCACCUUCGAAGAGGUAAAUAUUCCAGAUAAAGAUAGAAACGUCGAUAAUUUCGAAAUUUCAAUUAAUUACGUUUCUAAUGGAAUACAAUGGAAUAGAAAUGAUAUUAAUGUUAAUGAUAUAUUUUCAUAUGCCAUCGCCACAGAUAUAAUGAAUGAACACGAUGACAAUGAGCCUAAAUCUAUUGACGAAUGUCGUCGUAGAAAUGAUUGGCCAAAAUGGAAUGAAGCAAUUCAGGUAGAAUUAAAAUCGCUAGAAAAGCGUAAUGUUUUUGGACCAAUUGUCCAUACGCCAAAAGGCGUAAAACCAGUCGGUUUUAAAUGGGUUUUUGUGCGUAAACGCAACGAGAAAAAUGAAAUCGUUAGAUACAAAGCCCGACUUGUUGCCCAAGGUUUUUCUCAAAUGCCAGGAAUCGAUUAUGAUGAGACGUAUUCUCCAGUAGUUGAUGCUACAACUUUAAGAUUUUUAAUUGGCAUGUCUGUUUUUGAAAGGCUGCAAAUGUGCCUAAUGGAUGUGGUGACCGCAUAUUUAUACGGUUCACUCGAUACAGACAUAUAUAUGAGAAUUCCUAGAGGUUUUAAAAUACCUGAUGCUUAUAGCUCGAAAUCUCGAGAUUUAUUUUCCAUAAAAUUGCAAAAGUCAUUAUAUGGAUUAAAACAAUCUGGACGCAUGUGGUAUAACCGUCUCAGUGAAUAUUUGAUUAAAGAAGGGUAUAAAAAUGAUCCUAUUAGUCCAUGUGUUUUCAUUCAACGAUCCGAAUCAGGAUUCGCCAUAAUUGCAGUAUAUGUUGAUGAUUUGAAUAUAAUCGGAACUCCUAAUGAAAUUGAAAAUACUGCAAAAUAUCUCAUGAAAGAAUUUGAAAUGAAAGACUUUGGGAGAACAAAAUUUUGUCUCGGCAUUCAAAUUGAACAUUUGAGAAAUGGUAUUUUCAUCCACCAAUCAAAUUAUACCGAGAAACUUUUGAAGCGAUUUUACAUGGAUAAAGCACAUCCGCUCAAUUCUCCAAUGGUGGUUCGAUCUCUCAAUGUGAAUGAUGAUCCUUUCCGACCUUGUGAAGAUGAUGAAGAAAUCCUUGGUCCCGAAAUACCAUAUUUGAGUGCUAUUGGAGCAUUAAUGUAUUUGGCUAAUAAUACUCGACCAGAUAUUGCUUUUUCUGUAAAUUUAUUAGCCAGGUACAGUUCUUCCCCAACAAGAAGGCAUUGGAAUGGUGUCAAACAUAUAUUCCGAUAUCUCAAUGGUAUAAUCGAUCUUGGAUUGUAUUUCAAGAAUGGUGCAAAUGCCACUUUAAUUGGCUACGCGGAUGCAAGAUACUUGUCUGAUCCACAAAAGGCAAAAUCACAAACAGGAUAUUUAUUCACCUAUGGUGAUACCGCUAUAUCAUGGAGAUCAAUGAAGCAAACAUUAACUGCAACAUCAUCCAAUCAUGCAGAAUUAAUUGCUCUUUAUGAAGCAGGUCGUGAGUGUGUCUGGUUGAGAUCAAUGAUCCAGCACAUACAAAAUGAAUGCGGUAUAAAAUCUUUUACUUCUAAUCCUACUGUGAUUUAUGAAGAUAAUACAUCAUGUAUAGCUCAGAUCAAAGGAAGUUACAUCAAAGGGGACAAAACAAAGCAUAUAGCACCAAAACUUUUCUCCACACAUGAUCUUGAGAAAGACGGAACGGUUGAUGUCAAACAAAUCAAGUCAUGCGACAACCCUGCUAAUUUGUUCACAAAGUCAUUGGCACCGAAGAAAUUUGAAGAACUGGUCCAUAAAAUUGGAAUGUAUCGUCUUCGAGAUAUAUGUUAAAUUGAGGGGGAGUAAUAUAAUGCACUGCACUCUUUUUCCCUUCGUCAGGUUUUUAUCCCACUGGGUUUUUCUUGACAAAGGUUUUUAACGAGACAGUACAUUAUAAUACUAUGAAUCUAAUACCCCAGAAUAAUUAGAAGAUGACCAUUCAAGGGGGAGUGUUGAAAUAUAAUUGAAUUAGUCAUCUUCCAACUAUUCCUGAUUAGGAAUUAUUAUCACCAUUAUAUAAAUAAUCAGGAAAUCAUAAUUAUGAUUCUAGAUGAUAAUUGUGUGGUUCACAAUUAUCCUCUAAUCCUAUGAAGCUUAACUUUUCUCCUAUAAAUAGGAGGCUUCUCCAUUGUAAUUAAUACACUAAGAUUACACCAUUAUCACACUUCUAAUAACAUCUUUCUCACUAAGUAUUCAGACUAUACUUUCUCUCCCUGAUCU